CGCAUCGUAGCAUGGGCCUCGUGACCUCGUAUUGAGUGGAACAUGCAGGAAAUCAUACCUACCGAAGUGAUCUCAGACCUUCAACCACCAGAAUACGGGCGACAUAGAUCCGGCACGACACCAUCAUGUCUUCGCGCAACCACGAGGAAACUAGGCGACACACGCAGUUCCGACUGAUCCAAGGCCCCAAAAGAAAGGAGAAUCGAGAUGCACGUCGCUGCUCGCCCAGGAGCAUAUCCGGACUUCGACGGCUUCUAUUAUUGUCCGAACGACCCUGUCGUCCGUUUCACAGGCAAGUUUUGCCUUUGCAGCAUUCACAACGCACUGUUCUUCUUGCGUUCUUCCUUUCAACCCUACCUCGGCAAAAUCCAGUCAUGCUCUUUCGGCGCCGAACUAUUUCUCACCAGACACUUCUACCGACUUGACACCGGCCGGUCAACGCGCUCAACUACCGACAUGCUGCAGCUGUCGUCUCACGACUUUUCCAGCAGCGAGGCAAGAGUCACCGUCCUGUCCAUUCCACGCCCAAAGCCCCGGAGGCGAGGAGCAACACACACCACGAGAAUCGAACCAUGUCGCCCACGCGUGUCUCGUGUAGCCUGUGUCACCAACACGAGACUCCCAAAGGAGACUGUUGUCCCACGAUGCCGGAUCUUCGGUACCGGACGGAGCUGAGCGUCGUGGUUUCUGCACGACCCUCCUUGCGCGACCGGUGACCACCGUCGAAAUAGAUCUACGUUAGAGGCCAGUGCAUGCGAGCGCGAACGCGACGAACCGCUCAGCGGAUCGCACGCAAAAGUCGGGGUUUUUACAAAUCUUGCGACUAUUACUAGAAACAUAAAGUGCUGUUAGCAAGGGGAAAUAUACCGACGGAAGGUGGAACUACGGAGGCGUGAGUGCCG